CCUCCUCCCUGUUUUCCAGCAGUCCUGCAGAUUGAUUCCUCUCCAUGAACACUACAUGCUUCCCUUCAUCUCCAUCUCUGCAGCGCUCUUCAGCAGAGGACCUCCACAUUUAAACCUCUAUUGCUCCUGGAAGACAGCAGGUGUAUCCUCCCUAUCUCUCUGCCUCUCUCCUAUGGAAUAAAAUGGAUUUAUGAAGAAACUGCAGCGGCAUCCAACCAGCUCUGAAGAAGACAUCCCUUCCGAAUAAGCUCCAACUCCUUCAGUUCUGGGAAAAUAUGUCACUCUAUUCUUUUUUUCUGCACUUUAUAAUGGGAAGGCAGAGACCUACAACUGACGCGAUGGAUGAGUGACGUAAAUGACCUCCUGAGGGUACCAUAGGCUCUUAGCUGUGUCCAUAAUGUGUGAUCAAGUAGAACCAGUUGGAGAAGGAGAGAUAAGAAAUAACAACCAACAGGGUGCCGGUGAUGCAAACGCCAACAGUGUUCAGACAGAGGUUGGUGGGAGAACUGGACAUACUGGCUCUCAAUUGGGUAUUAUGUCUGAGAGAGCAGAGCAAGACAAAGUCAUCAUCUGGGGAACAGACUCUCAGUGUGAUGACCCUGAGCUGGCUGAGUUUGAGAUGUUGGAGUGUCAGGAGCUGGAGGCUUAUCUGGUGGAGGAUGAGGAAGAUUUUGUAGGGCUUGCAGAGAAGAGCAAGUGUCAAGAAGAGCCCUCAUCAACCAGUAAAGCCACAGAAAUGCAGGCAGAAGAAACUAAUAAAAAAGGAGCAGAGUCUGUUGUGGAUGUUGCCUGUGACCAGGAAUCAUCUGUGUCUCAUGUCUCUGAUACUGAAGUCUUUGUGAGCUGUCUGUCCACCACUGCUGCUCUGACCACAGACUCCUGGCACAUUGCCCCUGGUUCCCAUGUUACCCUUUCAGAGGAUCUAACCGUGGCCUCCCAAAUUUGCAGCACUGUCUCUGAGCAAGACAAAACCGUUCAAAAAGCCUAUCCUUCCUUCCCAGCUAGAAAAAACUCAACGCAAGAUUUAGACAUGAAUUUAAAUGCAGCACUUUGUUCAGAGAUCAUUACACCACAACAAGAGCAGCAGGGUGUUUUGAGCAAGGAUGCAAGCAAUGGACAGGAACAAGAUAAUGAGGCAGGAAAAUCCAUUUCAAGAAAAGAUAGUGAUGAUACAGACACCAAGGUUUUGUUCUGCAGAGAAAGCAACAAUACAAUGGAUAAAAGCACACAAGCCAGCGAAAUGCCUGAGUGGAUAAAACCACUUAAAAGUAGUGCAAAUAGGACUGAGCCAUCAUUUGAACACAAAGCAAUAAGAAAACAAGGCUCAUUUGAUAGCAGUCCAAAGAAACAAAACUCUUUAGACAGGAAUUUUAGAAAGCAGCCGUCCUUUGAGAAUUCUUUUAAGAAGCAGCUUUCUUUUGAGAACAGCCUGAAAAGGCAGGGCUCCUUCGAGAACAGCACAAACGUCUCAUCUCAGGAGCGUAGGAAAACCUGGGGGAGCCCUGGUCAAUCAGCAACAACAACAUCCCCCAAAACUUCACCCAAGAGACAACCGCCUGGUUCUCCCGCUAAAGCCCAGGGCACAAGGGCUUUGAGUUUGGAAAGAAAUGCCGCUUUUCAAAAAAAUGCCAAUCAAAUCAUCAGACCUCCCAAUAAGACAAACAUAAGCAGUGGAAUUCCCAAACUGAUUGCCCCCGAACAAAAAGAAACUGAGGUGAGGAUUUCCUCACUACAACAGAGGCCGAAAAAUGUGAGACCGAAAAUCAUUACGUACGUUCGAAAAAACACACCAGUAAAACCACAAGACAACGACACCCAGGCUGAAGAUUCGACGAAGCCACUGCAACAAUCGACCUCUACACUUACCCAGAGGGAUUCAAAGAGUGUUCCUCAGUCCAGAUCCACUCCGGUGCUCAGCUCCUCCAAUGUGCUGUUCGACAAAUAUCGACAGGAGUUGCAGAAGGCAGGGUGCUAUCGACAGAUUGGCAUAAAACUGUCCAGUGCCACUGCCCCUCAGAGGGUUAGUGGGAAGUCAGAGAGCUUUCAUGAAGAGAUGUCAAAGAAAUACCUCCAAGAGAACCCUUAUCAAGAUGGCGGAAGCAUCUAUCGUUCACCCAGAACUGUUAGGCCUCAACUGGGUUUAGGGGCGGUUACCAGGCAACCUGCAGCCAGGACAAGAGUGGAGCAGAUGGGUCAAAGGUCAGCUUCAUCUUCAUGCCACGCAGCCAAAGUGUCAUCGCCAGGUGUCCAGAAUCAGGCAGAGACCACACCUAAAAGUCUCCAGCUGAAGUCGGGCCAGUCCGGUCUCCGUCCUCCAGGCUUUUCCAGCCUCCCACCUGCAAGACUAGCUGCUUUAGGUGUGAUACGGACAUCCAGCGUCUCGUCUGUGUCCAGCAGCCAUUCCAAUGACAGCUCUCACAGCGAUCCUGGUCAACCCUCUAACUUUCCCAGUGCUGGCAGUGAUGAAACACUUCCACAUAAAUCCGUCACACUUCUUAGUGGAUCUUCCCAUCCUCAGGGUCUGGUGAAGACCCCCAACACCAUGAGCAUGCAACGUCGUAACGUGUCACCGCAGCACAGCUCCCACUCUGUGUCGAGGACAGAGCUGCAUAAGGACACUGAAGCUGGACUCUCGCCGAGAUCAUCCCCUAAAAGGUGUGCUGUGGUUCCACCAAAGCCACAGUCCCCAGCUCGCAGUCGGGCAGCAGCGGUUCAUGGUUCUCCUCGGACAGGAAGGCCACAGGAGCUGGACCGGGCUCUGAUCAAGCAGCUGCAGGAGCGAUGUGAGCAGCAGGCCCUGCAGCUACAGACCCUUCAGGCUCAGUUGAAGAAGGCCUCCUUGUGUCUAGAUGCUUUCAGUAUCGCCACUCUGCACUUUUGCAACAAGAAUGAGAGCGCCAUAGUAAAAGAGAGGGAACUAUCCCUUGAGCUCGCCAGAAUCAGGGAUGAAGUGGCUGUUAGUGUCGCGCACUGGGAGCAGCUGCAGCAGGAGAAGGGGGACCAGGAGCGUCGCUUUGAGGCAGAGCUGCAGGGACUGCGGGCUCAGCAGCAGAGAGAUCUGGGAGCGCUGGAGGAGAGGCUGAAGGCUCAGCACAUUGAAAAAACCGAAAGCCUGCAGGCCCAUCAAAGAGCUGAGCUGGAGGAGCUACGCUCCAGACAUCAAGAGCAGCUUGAGGAGAUGACUGACAACCAUGAGGCCUCCUUGAUGGAGAUGGAGACCACCCAUAAUAACACACUGGACACUCUACAGGAGGAGCAUGCAAGAACAGUAAAGAAUCUGAAGAUGGCUCAUGAACAGCAGAAGAAGUCUCUAGAGGAAGAGUUUGAGAAGAUCAGACUUUCCCUCCAGGACCAGGUAGACACUCUGACAUUUCAGAAUCGCAGCCUCAGAGAUCGAGCAAAGAGGUUUGAAGAAGCUCUGCGUAGGAGCACAGAUGAGCAAAUAGUUGAUGCUUUGGCUCCAUAUAAACAUAUUGAGGAGGACCUGAAGAGUCUAAAAGAAGUUCUAGAGAUGAAAAAUCAACAAAUUCAUCAGCAAGAACUGAAGAUCUCAGAACUGGAGAAAAUAGCUGAAAAGAAUGUGUACCUGGAGGAGAAACUACAAGUGUUGCAGCAGCAGAAUGAAGACCUGAGGGAGCAGAUACACAAGAAUCUAGCCGUGUCCAGACAACUCUCUGAAGAGAAUGCCAACCUGCAGGUGCAUGUGGAGAUGGAAAGCAAAGAGAAGAAGCGUUUGAGUCGCACCAACGAGGAACUGCUGUGGCGUCUGCAGACAGGCGAGCUGAGUCCACACAUGACCCCCAGCUCCUCCCCCAUCCACCGGCCAGCCUCUGGACCAGGCUCACCGGCCCGUCCACACUCCUACCAUCAGUGAUUGUUUGUACCAAACACAUUAUUUUAUUUAACUCUGAAAAAAGUUCCUCUGUUUUAAAGGAAUGCUAUACAAUCGGUUAUAUGUUGUUUGUUGGGAAAAUGUCAAUCUUCCCUAUGAAUUAUUAACAGUCCACUGAAUGUUUUUUUUUCAUUGACCUCAUGAAUUGUACUGAUGAGCAAAUCCUUAUCAUCUUUUUUUUCCAGCUGAUGAAAGUUCAGAGAACAUCGCAGUGCCUCAUUAACAUAGUUAUAGCUUCAUCUACAUUUUUACGUUUCCUUUCCAGCUCUCAGGUUGAUGGAUAAACAAGACAGUGUAUGCCCUCGAAGCUCAAUGACAAAAUCAAAAAGCGCCUUUUGUCAUCCAUUUCCUCCCACCAGCAAGCUCCACCUGGGGCUCAGCAGUAUUAUGAGAAAAAUCUACCUACACCUGUCAUACUGCAGAUCAACAUUUGUACGUUGAAGCAUCUCAUGCCCCAUGCAUAUGGAUCAUAACAAGCCAUCUAACCUUUAAACAAAUGAAACCACUUAACUGCCAACGCCAUGUAAGUAUAUUAUCAGUUAUUACACGUGUAGACUGUAGAUGUAUGACUAGCUUUACAGCAUGAGUUAUCUUCCAGUUAGAGAUGAUUUAAUGUGUGAAAAUUGAUGAGUUGAAAAGAAAAGCAGCACAUGCUAUAGCUGGGAAACACAAACCAUCACCUUCAGCUGAAUGGAAGAAAAAUGGUUCAAAACCACCAAAGAUGAAAUCAUUAAACUGUUACACACUUCAUUGGAUAAAGGUUUGGAGUUUAAUGCAGCCCACUCAGGCUUUAGACAGAACUAAAUACGCAUUUCUUUCAAAGUUCGAAGAAAUGGUUAUAUAAAUGUUUAUUAAUGUUUUAAACUUUUUUUAUAUGUAGAUUUUAUUUAUAUAGAAACUGCUGAAAAAUGAAACCGGCAGGUGUUCAGCUUUUUUGAGACGAAAACAAUUUUGGCUGCAGUUCUUUUAAAGUUUUUCUCUGCCUUUUUGCACAUUUAGAGGGAAACUUUUUUAGUUUAGAAAUGUAUUUAUUUAUUUUAAUUUUCUUUUUUUUUUCUUUUUUUUUUGCAAAACAGUUCUGGAAGUUCUGUAAGCAUAAAUUUCCAACUCUUGCUCCAGUUUCUCAAUUUGUAGUUUAAUUAGGACAUUCAAAAAAUACAAUAUGAAUUGAUCUAAAAGUAGCGUAGUAUGGCGAUUUUUUACAGUAACAGUUUGUUUUUUCUGGGCUCAUUACAUUGUUCUGAUUUUUUUUGGUUACACUUGACCAAACCAUCAUCACAAUCAUUAAUAAAUGGUAAAGAGACCAUUAAUGGUUAACGGGUAGUUUAUCAAUGUUAGCAUCGAAACCAUUUAUGAAUGGUAAAGAGAUCAUAUUGUUCUUCCAUCUUCGUUUAGCCCCAAAUCUAGCAUUAGUUGACUUUAGGCCUGAAAUUAGCCUUUAUUUUUAAUUGAACUUGCCCUGUCAUGUUGGACUUACCCUAACAUUAGCGGGCAUAAUGCCUUAAUAAAUGAUCUAUUUACUUUUUAAAAUGAUUUAGAUGCAGUUUAUAAAUGAACAAAACAUUAAUAAACUGUUAAUCAUUAAUAAAUGGUAUAUUUACCAUCUACAAACGAUGGUUAUUAUAAAGUGUAAACUUUUUUUUUUUUUACAUACAUCACAAACAAAAGUACAAAUGAAUGAAAUAUCCACCACAUCUCCAGCUUGUGCUCAUGUUUUGCAACGUUUUACGUGACUCUUAAGAAAACAGAAAGGAAAAUCUGUCGCCAAGUUACUUCAUUUUUUUAUGGUUUGAUUUAAGCUCAGGAUUUAUGAAGAAUUAUGAGUCCUGAAAGGGAAAAAAACUGCCAUAGUUUUGAUUGUAUUUAUAUUUAAUUUAUUAGUGUUUACAUACAGCAACCAGCCAUCAGAGGGCCAUCUUGCUUAACAUUUUUCUUAGAUGUGCAUUUAGAUGUGGAUAGAAAUAUUCCAAAAGGUGUAGAGUAUUAUUUAAUUCACAAUAUUUAUGUAUACAUUUCAUAGAGCAUAUUAUGUUUAAAACCUGUUCAAAAAUUAUUUGGCUGUAGAUGUGUCUAAUGUUAGAUAAUUAUGCUCAGCGGGAAGAGAAUCAGCUUUACACCGAGCGUGGAAGCUGCCUUUCUCUACAUCAGGUUCUCCGAUUGCACUGAUUGCCUCUGUGUCCUGUGGACACUACCUUGUACUCAUAUACUGAACAAACAUAAAAGACGAAAGCUUUUGUUUACAGUUUACAUGCAAUAUCAGAGAGAGGCUGUUUCAUCAUGUGGAUGUCUUUCCUUCUGUGGGUUUUUUUGUUAAAAAAUAUUGUAUUAAGUAUUUUCCAGAUAAGCCUACAUAAAAGCAUGUCUUUAUAUGUUUUCUGUAAAUGUAUUUAUUUUUUUCGGUUAUACUUCAUUCACCCUCCUUUAAAUCAAAACAGUAACUUAGCUAUGGUUAAUAAUAAGAGGUUAUGGCUAUGUAUGUUGCACUUUGUAUUUAAUGAUUAAAUCACAAUAAGCAGAGUAAGUAAAA